UGUCGCGUGGGAUCGGGUCAGCACAGAAACUCUUGCCAAUUGUUGGAAAAACAUUUUAAGUUUAAUGGGAAACGAGGAGGACCCUGAAUAUAACAUUCCAUUAAGUAACCUGAAAGACAAAUGGAGUGCAGAAAUAAACUCUUUAAUGCGAAUGUCAGUUGAUCUCCUUCAGGACUUGAGUCCUCAGGUUGAGUUUACAUUGCCACUGGUUCGAGAGUGGAACGAUGACCCUUGUGUUGAUGAUACCACCGAAAUCCAUGAAAUUGAAGAAAGUGACGAUGAUGAUUGUAUUGCCGAAGACCCCAUAAAGAAAAUUGCCGCAAGUGAGGCAGUUGAAAUCUUUAACAAGGCAUUGCAAUGGGCUGGAGAUGCAAUGGUUGAUCAAAGCGACAUGAGUGUACUUAGACGCUUAAGGGAGAAAACAGUAUUUCAA